GCUGCAAAUAAAGCAGAUGUGUUUGUUGUGCUUUUUUUAUGCUGUCUAGACUUUCUUUUACAAAAGCAGGCAUUCAGGAUUUAACCUGUGGAGUUUUCUUUAUUUUGGCAUUUUUCAGCUAUUUUGUUAAGAAAGUUUAUAGAGUAGUGUGAAUAAAGCAAGAUGAAGUUGAGGAAAUUGCAGUCAGUAAAAGAUGAGGACCAUUUUUAUCAUCAGGGUGCUGUGGAGCUGUUGGUGUUUAAUUUUUUGCUCAUCCUCACGAUCCUUACAAUUUGGCUGUUUAAAAAUCACAGAUUCCGCUUUUUGCACGAAACAGGAGGUGCCAUGGUUUACGGUCUCAUCAUGGGAUUAAUUUUACGGUAUGCCACAGCACCAUCAGAUUUUGAAAUUGGAAAUGUCUAUGACUGUGACAGGCUCAAGGCUGGCUUGCCCACCCUGCUUGUCAACAUCACAAAUCAAGUGUAUGAAUAUCAGUACAGAAGGGAAAUAAACCAGCUUAAUGUCAAUGCACACCAAGGGAAUGCAAUGCUGCAAAAGAUGACCUUUGAUCCUUCCAUCUUCUUCAAUGUUCUAUUACCUCCCAUUAUAUUUCAUGCAGGAUACAGUUUAAAAAAGAGACACUUUUUUCGCAACUUAGGAUCCAUUUUAGCAUAUGCUUUUUUGGGGACAGCUGUCUCUUGUAUUGUAAUAGGGUUGAUAAUGUAUGGCUUUGUAAAAGCUCUGAUCCAUAUUAAUCAGCUGAAGACCGGUGAUUUUCACUUCACUGACUGUUUAUUAUUCGGUUCUUUCAUGUCAGCUACAGAUCCAGUGACAGUCCUAGCUAUUUUUCAUGAGCUUCAUGUUGAUACAGAUCUUUAUACUCUCCUUUUUGGAGAAAGUGUCCUUAAUGAUGCUGUGGCUAUAGUUCUCACAUAUUCAAUAUCAAUUUACAGUCCCAAGGAGAAUCCCAACACAUUUGAUGCUGCUGCCUUCUUCCAAUCGGUGGGGAAUUUUUUAGGGAUCUUUGCUGGAUCUUUUUCUAUGGGAUCUGCCUAUGCAGUUGUCACUGCACUAUUGACAAAGUUUACUAAGCUAUGUGAGUUUCCCAUGUUGGAAACUGGCCUGUUUUUCCUUUUGUCAUGGAGUGCUUUCUUGUCUGCUGAAGCUGCUGGACUUACAGGAAUAGUGGCAGUUCUUUUUUGUGGAGUCACACAGGCCCAUUAUACAUACAACAAUCUGUCAGCAGAUUCCAAAAUGAGAACUAAACAGUUGUUCGAGUUCAUGAACUUUUUGGCUGAGAAUGUAAUCUUCUGCUAUAUGGGACUAGCACUGUUUACAUUCCAAAAUCAUAUUUUCAAUGCUCUAUUUAUAUUUGGAGCAUUUGUGGCAGUUUUCAUAGCAAGAGCCUGUAACAUAUAUCCAAUUUCUUUCAUUCUCAACCUGGGCCGAAAACAAAAAAUCCCAAAGAACUUUCAACAUAUGAUGAUGUUCUCAGGUCUACGUGGUGCAAUAGCAUUUGCACUGGCUAUACGGGACACAGAAUCUCAGCCUAAGCAAAUGAUGUUUACGACUACUUUACUAAUUGUGUUCUUCACAGUCUGGGUGUUAGGAGGAGGCACUACAUCAAUGCUUACAUGGCUCCAAAUCAGGGUUGGAAUUGAUCCAGAUGAGGAUCAAAAGAUAGAAACUGCUACUCAGGCAAGUUAAAAUGCUGCCAAUAACCUGGAUAAAAGCACAACCAAAGCAGAAAGUGCUUGG